AACGGGAAGCGGUUGUCAGGGUCCGAGGGAGAGGCCGUGAGGCGGAGUGCGGAGCAGGAGUAGCAGCAGCAGCAGCAGCAGCAGCAGCAGCGAGUAAAAUGGGCUGCCUGUUCUCCAGGAAAUCCAAGGAGAAAAACCGAGAGAAGAAAAAGAAGAAGAAGAAGAAGGAGGAGGAGGCAGAUGCCGAGGAGGAACCUAAGCAAUACAGCUGGGACCAGCGGGAGAAGAUUGAUGUUAAAGACUAUAUGCUGGUUCAAUUAAAGGAUCAGACCGUGGGACGAUUGCCUGGUAAAGUUGCUGGUGAGCAAUUUGUCAUCCAAGAAUGUGAAAACUGCAACAUUUACAUUUUUGACCACUCUGCCACCAUCACCAUUGAUGACUGCACCAACUGCAGGAUAUUUCUGGGACCUAUCAAAGGCAGUGUCUUUUUCCGUGACUGCGCUGACUGCAAAUGUGUUGUGGCUUGUCAGCAAUUCCGCACUCGGGAUUGCAAAAAAAUGGACGUCUUCCUCUGCUGUGCAACUCAGCCUAUCAUUGAAUCGUCCACGGGCAUGAAGUUCAGUUGUUUCCAAUAUUACUAUCCCGAGCUGGGCUACCAGUUCAAAGAUGCAGGCUUAAGCAUCUUCAAUAACAACUGGAGCAACAUCCAUGACUUCACCCCUGUUGCAGAUGAGAACAACUGGAUCUUGUUACCAGAAGAUGCAAUGCCCCAGGAUUUUGUUCCUCUUCCUGAUUCCGAGGAGCUGAAAUCGGUUCGGAUCUCCACAGAGCUGAGCAGGAGCAUUGUUCCAGUCACGCGGGGUCAGAGACAAAAGAACAGUGAAGAGUUGUGCUUGGUGGUGUUUUUUGCCGGAGAUUAUACCACAGCCAAUGCUAGGAAGUUAAUUGAUGAGAUGGCUCUAAAGAAUUUUGCUCUUGUGCAAACAAAAGAAAUUUCAAUGCGACCAGACGAUGCCAACAGAGUAUUCAAGGAGAAAGCAGCAGACUUUAUUCCAUUGCUUCAGCAAGGCCCUGUUGUUGCAUUGGAAUUUAAUGGAGAUGGUGCCGUGGAAGCAUGUCAGAAUAUAGUCAGCUCUGUGUUCAGUGCUUCCAAGGUCUUUGUUUCUGAAAGCAAGUCUUCAGCAUCCCAAGAUGUGGACAAUUUUUAUAACUACGCUGAUAUGCAGAUGGGAAUGUGAAAAUGAACAUCCACUAUAUGUAAUAUCUGCCCAUGGUUAUUAUUCCAUUGAGUAGAAUACCUUAGGAUUAAACUACUGGAAAUGAGUAGUAUUGUGAAGUAUGGGUGAAUUUAGUUUUUAAGAUUUAACAUCCAGAAUGUAACAGUGUCCCAAUUGUUUUCAGAGUAGCUAGUCAAAUGCAUAACCAAAGCAUUUUCAGCAGUUUUGUACACCUAAACCUAUUUUAAACUCUUUACUUAAACUUCCCCCACCCCCCGAGAAUUCUUAAAAAGGAAGCAUCCUUCGAAGGGAAGCCACAAGUUUCUGGAGUACUUUUUGUUUGAUGUAAUCAUUGAAUAUUACUGCACAGAAUUGACCCAUUGUGUGUUUCCUGAUUCUGAUUUCCAUUCCUCUGUCUCUUAACUUUUUAAAUUCUUUUCUCUCCUUUUAUUAAAUUGAAUAAAAUAUUAGCCUAAGCAAAAUUUGGAAUUCAUUUCUCUGUUCGCCCUUUCACCCUGGACUCUGAAAAAUGCCAAUUGAGUGAGUCUUGAGUCAAGUUAGCCUCCCUCUUUUAUGGAUCACUGCAGUUUUAACAACAUCUUGCAUUCGUUUAGGGUCUUAAAGUAAAUGAAAACAUUGAUCGAGGAGUUUCCCCUGGAUAGGCCUGUUAAAAAUCAUCACUGAGCCAAGAAAGGAGGGUUUAGGAGAUGCAGUUUAAAACCUGAGCCACUUUGGAACUGCUCAAUCACUGGGAAACCAAGUCACAGAGAGGAUAAACUGCAUCACUAGCAGGAAGGGAUGCUGGUAAAAAAUAAAAUCCGAGGGUUAAUUUCCAAUAAAAUGUACUCCCCCCAAACUUGGCUUCCAAAACUAAGGUUUGUUUUAAGUAUUUUUCACUUUUUAUCAGGAAAAUGACAUUUGUGGUUCUGCCACAUUGGGAUCAAUUCAAUUGAUUUCUUAUUGCAAUAUAAAAAUUAUAAUAGUUUGAAAGUAAAUUUAGAUUUUUUAUAUACGUGAUGUAAAGCUUUUAGCGGUAUGCCGGAUUAUAACUCUCUCUUUAUAAUAAUGCCAUAUUACGCUUUAGGAGAACUUGGGGGCUAGUUCAAGAUUAAAAAGUAAUGGCAACAAUUUACUGUAUAAAAUGUUCUUCAGAUCUACCUGCACUGAGACAUUUCUUGUUGCAACAGACUCCGGUUUGCAAAUAUGACGGUGGUUUUAUGAAUACUAAGGGAAUUGAGGGAUAAUAGGGGAUGGUGUGGGAAGGUGGAGUUGAGGUAGAAGAUCAGUCAUGAUUGUAUCGAAUGGCAGAGCAGGCUUGAGAGCUGAAUGGCUUAACGCCUGCUAUUUCGUGUUAUGUUUUUAAACAUUUUGUGGUAAAUGGUGGCUUCUGAAAUUUCUCAAUGCUAGAAACUUAUACUGAAGAUUUUACACGUAACUAAUAUUUUGUAUAUAAAAUUUUAAACUUUUUUAAAUGUUUCUCCUAUCAGUAACUGAACAUACUGUAAGUGUGAAAUUAUGAACUGUAGUUUUAAGAAUUAAUUCAAAGAAUCUGAAGUCACAAAAGAAAAACUGUUUUGGAAUGUAACUGAACAAAAUUGUCCAUACUAACCAGGUUUGAAUCUCUUGUAAAAGGGUGGUGUCAGGGAGGAUUGUAUGGAGGACUGGGCAAACUGCCCCAUUGCAGUUGUCAAUAUUGAUGCUCCUUCAACUACUAGGAAGUACCUGUACCACAAAGAUUUCUCCCUCAUUUUCAUGCACUGAUUUGUCCUUGUUGAUUGUAUUGCUAAUGACCCAGCUGUAAUUGACAAUUUGUAGUCACGAGCCAAGCCAGGGUAGCUGCCGGAAAUCAAGAUAUUCAGACCAAAAGCUUUGCCAUGUUGGAUUUUGAGUAAAAUUGAUAUAGAUGUUUAUACACUGACCAAAAUGACUACAAACACAUUUUUACGUUUAUCAGUAUUGCUUUAAAUGCAAUAUGGAGCUAAUAAAUCAUGAAUGUUUACAGCACAGAAGGGGACCCAUGUCUGCGCUGACGUUAUGCAAGAGCAACUCACUUAGUCACACUCUCCUGCCUUUUUCCUGUAUGUCUGCAAAUUCUUUUUGGAUAAUUAUCCAAUUUGAAUCUGCCUCCACUACACUUUCAGGCAGUGCAUUCCAGAUCCCAACUACUCGCUA